AUGCGCUCGACAUACACUCCUCCCAUCCCCCUCCCUCAGUUCAUCACCCUCCAAUCAGGCAUGCGCAAGACAUACACCAUUGCAUGCAUGCGCAAGACAUACACCAUUGCGUGUGUGAACGACAGGGAGGUGCUGUCAGCCUCCAUCGACCCCUCCACGUACCCCUCCUCGCUCGUCGCCCGCCCCAAGGCCCUGUUACAGCUGCUCAACCACUUUCAGUCCACGCUUUCUGAGAUCACCAUCAUUGCUGCCGACCCUGAGGACGUGACAGGCUCGGGAACAGGCACGGGGGGAGGUGCGGCGGGGAGAGGAGGGGGCAGUGAGGCGAAGGCGGUUGAGAUGAGGAGCUAUGUGGAGCCGACCCAUGCUGGCGCGUCAGCGGACAGGCGGCUGGAGGCGUCUCCAGAGGCAGCGAUGCACACGCAGCUGUGGGUGGACCCCGGGGAGCACUUCGAGGCGUACUGCCACAGGGGGGACGCUGUGGACGUCACAUUCAGCGUGAAGGAGGUGAAGGCGUUUGUGCAGUUCUGUGAGUCAGCAGCGGCAGACGUGGUCAUGCUCUUCCAUCGAGCCGGAGCCCCCCUCAUGCUCAUGCCGAGAUUUCCCAACCUGCACACCACUCCCACACGCAACUCCCGCCACGCACACGCGCACGCAGCACUCGCAUCUGACUUUGACUCCCGCCUUGUGAUUGCCACCAUGCUCGAAUCCCAGCUCCCCACUCCCCCUCCUUCCGACCCUUCCGUUCACCGAGCCUCUGCCCCUCCUGGCACGCCUGCCACCCCUAUCCACGGAGCUGCGUCUACUCCCCGAGCCUCUGCCGAAGCUGCCGCCCCUGCUCACAAGGGAUCGGUUUCCCGAGCGUCUGCCGAAGCUGGAACUCCUACUGUUGCAGUGUCAGGCUCCCAGCGCUCCUGUCAUGCAGGUUCGGGAGCAGUUCCCCACCAAGCCUAUCCAGUAGGCUCGGGUUGCAGGGAAGAUCCAGGAGGAGGAGGGCUGGGUGAAGGAGAGGAAGAGGGAGGGGAUGAGAUGAGGGUCGAGGAAGGUGCUGAGAAGGUUCCAUUGAAGGAUCCAGGUGCAGGAGCAAGGCUGGAGGCAGGCUGGGCACAUGGAAAACGGUGGUCAGACCUUUCAGGGGCGAAAGGCACAGCACACAGAUCUGGUGCUGAUUCAGCAGGUCCGGGUGGAGAAGAGGGGAGUGGCGGUGGGAGAAGAGGAAGCAGCACGUGGCCCAGGGCGCAGCAACAACCACCUCCGGGCCAUGAGAAGCAAGAUCAACGGCAGCAACAGCACGAUCAGUACCAGCAACAGCAUGCAGCCAAUCAGGUUCCAGACAGCGAGGACGCCACCGAGGAGCUUCCCAUUGGUCGGCUGGCAGCGGCGUCACGAGGUGGCAGUGGUGGUGGCGGUGAUGCUGCUGCUGUUAGAAGCAACACAGGGGGUAGUGUGGGUGGGAAUGGCAUGGUGGCUGGCGGUGCUGCUGAUGUGUCUGCUGGGCGAUUCAUGCCCACGGAGGCGUCCACCCCAGGGAGGCAAGCACCACAUCAACCCUCUUUCGCGGAGCCACCUCCCCUUCAGAGAGAUCCAGACCGUUGGAUUGAAAAUACGGAGGAUGAUGAGAUGGACGACAGAUUACGGGGGCGUAUUAGUGGACUUUUGGGUGAAGAUCAGUGUGAAGGAAUCGGUGAUGAAGAUGAGUAUGUGGAUGCCACUCCUCCAGAGAGGAGGAUGUAUGAUGACGAGGAUGAAACCAUGGAUUAA